AUUUGUUUGCUGUCUGGAACAAGAAUAUCACCGUCCAUGUUUUUAGGGGAUUGGCUUUUGAUGAUGAGGUCACUGCCUUUCAUCGAUAAAUUUCACGGUUUUGCGCUUCAGGGAACAAGCAGGUCUUUCAACAAUGAAAGGCAAGGGUAAAUAGCUUAAAAUAUUAAUACUGAUUAUCUUUUGUCUUGCAAAUAAGUCUGUUUGAUUGAGUAUAAUAUUAUCCACCAAUGCAUAGUCCAAGGCACUCGCCCAGCAGAAACUUGAAAGCAAAGCAAACGGGUGUCGGGGAGCGCCGUCAACAGCAGGUGAAUGCCUCUGCUUCCGGAGGAGCAUCAUCAUCACCUUCGCCUCCACGCACUGCUAGAAGCCAGUCGCAUGGAAGAACUGACUUUAGUACAUCAUUGCCUAUGGAAAAUAUUCAGUCUUUGAAUGCUGCAUAUAAUGCUGGACCUGUUUACAUUGCAGAAGGAAUAGUCAGUGCAGUGCCAAGUAAUUUGACAACUGGUGGUCGAUCAUCUCCAAAUUCAAGUGGCCGUUCAAACUCUAUGUCCCCUAAAAACUCACCGUCAAACAGUCGUUCCAGUAGUUUCGGUUCAAGUCAGGGAUUUGUAUCAUCAUCAUCUGUUGUGGAUCAAGGCCAGGACAUCCCUACAAAUAUGGCUUUUUAUCCGCCUGGAGAAGAGCUUCGCCAAGUGCGAGAUUCCAUGCUGUUGGAUCUUCAGGCACAAUUGAGAGAGAUGCAGCGGGAAAAUGCUAUUCUGAAGCAGGAUUUAGAAACAAAGGAAGCAAAAUUGAGCUCUAGCAUGAAUAGUAUCAAAACAUUUUGGAGCCCAGAAUUGAAAAAGGAAAGGGCGUUACGUAAAGAUGAAAGUAGUAAAUUAAUUACAUUGAAGGAACAGUGCCGCAGUUCCAUGGAUGAAAAACAGCAACUUUCAAGAUCCAUCCAGCAACUACAAGAAGAGCUUCAAAAGCAGCAGACGACGUCACAAGUGUUGAACCCAACGCAGCGACAAGAAGCCGAUGCACUACGAGUGGAAAAAGAGCGGCAAUCCAAAGAACUGUUUCUCCUGCGAAAAACGCUCGAGGAGAUGGAAAUUAGGAUAGAUACACAGAAACAAACGUUGGCCUCUCGCGACGAAAGCAUUAAGAAAUUAUUGGAAAUGUUGCAGAGCAAAGGCUUAGCCGUGAAGGGUAUUGAGGCUAAUCAUGAAGAGAUGGAUCGACUUAGGACUAAGCUGGUUGAAGCAGAAACGAAGGUUAUACAGGUCACCACCAGCUUAGAGCAGAAACAAGCUGAGAUUGCUAAUCUUGCUGAUGAUUUACGAAGAAAUACAAAUCGUACCGAUCGUCUUGAACGCCAGCUAGGCUCUGCACUACAUUCAGAUUCUGAUUCAUCUCGGGGCCUAGCUUUAAAGGCAGUCGUAGAAGUGAAGGACAACAAAAUCGCAAGUCUGGAACAGAGGCUAAGGGAUCAAGAAGAGGAGCUUAGUCGGUACCGCACUAGCCACUCACUAAGCUCAGAUGAUGCUGGAAAUUUCUCCCGAGAGGCAGAAGAGUUCAAGGGUCAGGCUAGGCAUUUCAAGAUUAAGAUUGAUAAGAUGAAAGUUGAAAUGACAAAAAAAGACUCUGAAAUCCAAGGCUUACAGACCCGUCUUGAUACCCUGAACCACCAGGACCAAGACAGCCAGGCUCACAUCCAGCUCCUCAAAGAAUCACUAUCUGCAAAGGAACAACGCAUCGUCAUUAUGCAAGCUGAUAUUGAGGCAUUACGAGGACGACUUGAGGAGAAAGAGUCUUUGAUCCAACAGAAGAAUGACCAGCUCUCCAACAUGUCAACUGACAAGAAUAAACAUUCAAACGAAGUUGCGGAGUUACGGGAGAUGGUCGACAUCAAAGAUCGAAAGACAAAUGUACUUCAGAGGAAGCUGGCUGACUACACGAAUGCAUUGGAACUUAAAGAUGGCAAACUAGAGUUCCUCCUGAUAAAGAUUGACAACCUAACAGAACAGUUGAAUGAGAAAGAAAUGGAGAAUAGUGCUAUCAAAUCGAAGUUAAGCUCAUUACAAGCAGACCAGACAUCGACAGACAGCGCUGUCACCAGUCUAGAGGAAGCUCUGGCAGAGAAGGAAAGGAUGAUUGUGCGACUAAAGGAUCAGCGAUCUCGAGAGGACAAUGAUCGAACAGAAGAGGUGCAGCAUUAUCAGAAUCAACUGAAGGAAUCGAAAGCAAGACUUGAGUCUCUUGAGAAAGAGUUGGCAGAUAAAGAAGCAAGCCUGAUGAAUGUUAAGGAGCAUGCAUCUUCAAUGGUGUCUACUAGUUUAAAGAAAGAUUCGAAAAUAACCACAUUAGAAAUCAACCUAGCUCAGAAGACAGAGGAACUUAUACAACUUGAAAGUGAACUAGAAAAGCUGGAAGGAACUUUACAAGUGAUUAAAGAUAGUCGUGAUCGCGAUGACCGGCAAAAGGCUAAAAUGUAUGAGGAGCAGAUUGCAAACCACCGCGAGGAGUAUAAGAAAACACAAGUGGAGGUAGAUCGUUUGCUUGCUGUUAUCAAAGAGAUGGAAUCUGAGAAAAAUGGCAAGGAUGUGAGAAUCUCGGAAUUAGACUUCACAGAGACAUCAGGGCAAUUAAGUGAUUUAAAUCGCAAGUACAAUGCGAUGAAGCGAGACCAGCAGAUGCAGAAGAAAAAGAGCGCGCAGUUGCUAGAGGCAGCAAGGAAACGGGAAGGAGAACUUACCAGUGAUUCCCAAGAACUACAGGUAAAGGAUGGUUGGGUGCAAUUAAGUGAUUUAAAUCGCAAGUACAAUGCGAUGAAGCGAGACCAGCAGAUGCAGAAGAAAAAGAGCGCACAGUUGCUAGAGGCAGCAAGGAAACGGGAAGGAGAACUUACCAGUGAUUCCCAAGAACUGCAGGAGUUGAUGAAGCAUAAGGAUGACAGGAUAGAGGAAUUGGAGGAAGCAUUGAAGGAAAGUGUCUACUUAACAGCUGACAGGGAAACGAUGAUUGAGCAACAACAGUACAACAUUAGACAACUAGAGAAACAAAUUGAAAAGCUUUCAGCCAAUUUUGAUUCCAGACAAGAAGCGCUUGCUGCUGCCAUUGCUGAGAAAGACACCAACAUGGCAUUAUUAGAGUUGCGCAAGAAGAAUCCAAAGGUGGCGGAAGACAUCCGUAAACUCAGUUGGGAGAAGGAAGCACUUGUUAAACGAUUGAAAGAAGAGACACAACGAUGUGUAAAACAUCUCCAUUCUUUAAAUGAGAGUGAAAAUUUGAUCGCACAAGACAUGAAAUCUUUGUCACCGGAACAGGCUGUGAUUACUGUCGGAGAUAUACAAAGUGUUACUCUAUAGACCAAAAGAAGUUGAAGGAGCCAACGAUGAUGGAAAACGAAGCGGAGCGAAGGGAACGGGUUUGCAAAGGAACAGUUUAUUGGUUUAUAAUGCAGAAUGAACGAAGAAAUGCAUCAUUACAUGCAAUAAGAUCGUGUUUCGCGUAUUAGCUCAAAUAUAAUUAUUAUCGGUAACGUGUAACAUAUGAUUUUCUUUAGGAAAUGGUUUCAGCAUAGGCCCUACUUGAAAUGGGCGAUAAUUUGAUAGAUAAUUCCCGCUUGCUAUCAAUUAUUCAAAUGCCGUUAGAUCGGUUUAAAGCAAACAUAAUGCAGCUGUGUUGUAUUUCAUCAAACAGUUUUUACUUGUAUUUUAUGUUCGUGAAAAUUAGUGGGUAAUGUAAUGCGUUUUCAAGUAGCUGCAACUGCAGUAAUCUCAGGUUGAACGAAACAUCUCUUCCAAAAAAAAAUUAGCGUGUUUGUUGCCGUUAGUGUGUUUAUUUAUAAUGAUUUAUUAAAAUCAGUGUUGUAAAAACGUUAAAAUUGUUUCGGCGUAAAGACUCAAUGUUUCCGAAUGGUGAAAACGAAUGAGCAUGCGGUGGUUCAACACGAUCGUCGAGCACGAAUAUCUUCGUAAAUUAUAUGCCAAUAUCGUAUUUGGAAAUAAAACAAGAUAUCGUAAAUUAAUUCAAAGUUAAAUAAUUCGGCUGCAUUUUAGAAGAUUCUAGAAUUCGUAAUGUAUUAGCUUUGUGGGAGAUUGAAGAAAAUAUAUGUUCAUUUUAGUUAGGAUCCAAACGGUUGAUAUCGGAGAUGGUAUCUCGGGUAUUUAACAAAAUUUUUAAAUAAGCGCACAAAAAGUGUUCAGUCCAAAUCAAUUCGUACCCAAUUUUAGAUGUUAAUUACCAUCAACGGGUUCGUUUUAUGAUAUUAUUCAUAACAACAAUUAUUGAUGAAUUUAUACUGCAUGCAAUUGACAUAUUUUAAUCGUUUUGUUUAAAGUCUAAUUUUGUUUGUGUUAUAAGUUGUGCCUUAAAAUAUCUAGACAAUAUUAAGAUUGUACUUGAGCAUGGUGUGCUUUUUAACGUGCAUAAAAAUAUAACGUGAGUUGGAUGUAAAUGGUCUGAAAUAGGCCUACUCCAUUUUAAACUGGUUGGUAUUCGGCCUUCUAAGUUAGUCAUAAUAAUGUAUUAUAAUUUAGUUCCUUAUAUUAUUGGGUAUAGAUACUUGUAGAUAUAGAGUGAUUGUCCAAUACUGUAUAUGUUUAUAAAGAUCUACCAUACCAAAGCUUAUAUGUAUUAUAUGUAAGAUUAGAACUAGCAAGAGUAAUCGCCUAUAGAAGAAGUGCAAUGGAACGGGUUCGGGUUGAAACUGUGACGUAAUGAUCCUGUUGUUAAAUACAUCAAACCCACUGCCGGCCAGUUGUGGGUUUGCUAACUUUCUCUUUUCGCGUCGAUGCAUUUUCUGAGUGAUGUUUAUCAACAAAGCAUGGCAAAAAUUCAUGAGAAUUUUGCAUUUUAGUUUGAUUUUGUAUCGAUAACAGCAAAUUAAUAUAUCGGUCUAGGCCUUUACCAGCCUACCAAUGAAUGCUUUGUAGCAGUUUUGUGUGGGGACGGUAGUCCUAGGUCUAUCAAGUCGUCUUAUGUCAAUUGAGAGUGGCUGAAGACAAUUUUAUAGGCCUCUAUGAACGGUAAUAUAAAUUACUUUGAACUACUUAAUCAGAAUUAAUCAGUAUAUUAAUUUGCUUGCCUAUGCCCUGCGUUUGAUAGUUAAAAAUCGUAUUAAAGUUACCAAAUGCUUGCGGUAACGCCCUAUAGAAUUUCAAGUAGAUGUGGGCCUAUAAAUGCCAGAUUGUUUUAAAAAUGUAGAAAACAAGCCUCAAUAUACAAAGAGAGUGAGUUGUUGCAAUUAUAAAGCAAAAUGCGGUGUACAUUGCUUAUUCAUAGCUUUCCUUUUCAGCAACAACUUUAGAUAGUGCAGCUCAGAUUUUAAUACCUAAAAAUAUAACUUUUACAUUCAUUCGGAUGUAACAAUUUUAUUUGAUUUUGUUACUCAAACACUUGUUUUUCUUUGUGCUGAUUUUUGUAUGUUUUGAUACUUUAAGUGUUUAUCAGCGAUUUAUAUUUGAAUGAAGGUGGCGUCAGAUUUUUCUUUUUGUAUGUAACUCGACUUAUUUGAUCGCAUUUUAGGCAUACGAAUACUGGAAUUGAUGUUUUAUUGUCUUGCGUAUAUCAGUAUUAAAAGUAUAAUUUUGUGUAUACCCCUUCUUGCCCACCUUCUGAAUGUCGUAGUGGUGGAAUUAGCUACCGUAUCUUUUAAAUUUGCAUGUAUUUAUUGUAAUCAGAAACAAAGUUUCUGUGAUGGUUUUGUUUUGUUUUUUUUUUCAAAAUUGUGUAUUUUACGGGCUAUAACUUGAAUUCACCUAUUAAAUUAAUGUUCAAGUGCGCCCUCACUAAUCAUUACGCCAAUGCUGUAACGAAUAGAUGUAUUACCGGCUAAAUAUACAGAACACUGCCCCUUUUUUGGAAGUAGACAUUCUACUGUAGGUAUACGGCAAACAUUUCAAACAAUUAAUGUAAAACUUUCUCAUUUGUAUAGCUGCUUGUGUUAAAAUAAUAGUUAAUUUGAUCCGCAUAUUAUUGAAGUUUUUAUAUAAGUUAAGUUUUACGAAUUUAUGAACUUUAAUUCCAUGGGUGCUCUUGCGUUGCAAUGUGAUUUUUAUAUUAAACAUAAUUAUGUGUUCUCUCUUAACUUUCUAUAGUCCUAGUUGAAUACAAACAUUUCAACCCAAAGUAAGGGUUUAGGUACUGUACAUCCAGAUAUAGAUAUCCAGUUGUAUUUAUUUCAAAUGGUAGAAGGCCAUAAGUCUACCAUUAUAUACAUUCUUACUUAGUACCAAUAAAUUAUACUGUAUUACAUGUUA